AUGGCGAUGCAUGUUGAUGAACUAGGAUCCUGGGAGAAGGGGCUGAUGCGGGACCGGGUCGGGGAGAACCAGCUGAACCUGGGCCGUCCUGCUGCCUUGGAGAGUAAGGAGACGCUCCGUGCAGGGACUCGUCCGGCCGACACGGCCAGCACCCCGGCAGAGCCCCCACUGGCCGGGGACAGGGCGACCACUGCCCACUCUCUCGGUGACUGCGCCGAGCACUCGGUCUCCGCCGUCACAGUCGCGGCGAACCGGUGCCGCGCCCUCGGCAACCACGGGGAGGUGAAUGUGAGGGCCAGAGAAGACCCGCCCAGCAUCUGGCUCUCCAGGCUGCAGAAACGCACCCCCACCCCAUGUCAGUGCCAGCACCGGGAACUCCUGGGCUGGCAAUUACGACCGCGGCGGGACGGUGAUUGGCCAGCCCGCCUCUCAUCGGGGCCCCCCGGCCAAUUGGGCGGCCACCCGGCCGAGGCCCCGCCCCCGCCCUCCUCCCCCGGCCCGGGCGGCCCGGGCGCGCUGGGCCUCGGUCCCCGGCCGCCCCCCGGGCCCGGGCCGCCCUACGCGCUGGGCUGCGGCGGCGCGACGCGCUGGUACCCUCGGGCGCACGGCGGCUACGGAGGCGGCCUCAGUCCGGACACUAGCGACCGGGACUCACCGGAGACCGGCGAGGAGAUGGGCCGCGCCGAGGGCGCCUGGCAGCGGGGCCCCGGGCCGGGAGCGGUGCAGCGAGAGGCAGCCGAGCUGGCGACGCGGGGCCCGGCGGCCGGCGCGGAAGAGGCGGUGGAGCUGGCGGAGGCCCCCGCCGUGGCGGGACGCCUCGUCCGCGUGCCGGUGCUCUACCACGAGAGCCCCCCGGCCGGGGCGACCGGGCCCCCGGCCACCGCCGCGCUGCCCUUCCCGCUGGCGCCCGCCGCGCCCGCGCCGCCCCCGCCGCUGCUUGGUUUCUCCGGGGCCCUCGCUUACCCGCUGGCCGCCUUCCCGGCAGCUGCUUCCGUGCCCUUCCUGCGGGCGCAGAUGCCCGGCCUUGUGUGAGCCCCACCCACUGGGCCCUCUCCCUGGUGCUGCUGGGGACCCCUAGGGCGGCCUAGGGAAAGCUGGGGAAGGGCCAGGCGCUCCUAGGGCCCCUCUGUGCCUGAUCACAGGCUGCCGUGCUGGCCAGAGCCCUGUCUGAAGCUCGUUCAGAGAUGUCUUCACUGUGGCACCCAGACAGGCUGGACCCCUGGCAGGGAAGAGGGCAUCCCAGAGAGACUGUGCACCAGGCAGCCCAGAGGCCCCGCAGGACAGGCCUCCACUGGGGAGCAAGUUGAGCCAGCCCCGCUGCAGCCAGCGAGCACCCAGGCCCAGUGCCCCGCAAAGGCAAACAGGCUGUCCAAGGUGCUUCAAGGUGACCACUCCCCAACACGGCCCCCACCCAACAUACUCGUCCCUUCCCAGGACUGCGCCGGACCCCGGACAGCAGGCCUCCGGAGGACUGUGACCAGCCUCAGGGCCUUGCCAGCGGGCCCCGCAGAGGGAGAACCCCAGGGAGAGCGCCCCUGUGCAGGGGAAGGGGCGAAGACCCGGCUGGUGGCACUUGCGUCAGCGUCCCUUCUGCAGACAGGGCUGGACUGGGGCUUCUCUCCUGGGACCUGGCCUCCAGUUCUUUUGAGGAAGACUUUUUUAAACAUGAAUCUACUUAUUUGCGUAUGGAAUAAAAGGGACA